UAGUGACUGGAAUUCCCUUGGGGGGGGGGGGCGUACUGAUAGACUGUGUCAGCUUGUGCAUGUAUGGACUUGAACAGCUGGGGCUACUGAACAAUGGUACAGUCCGCUAAAGGCCACCCCCGUCUCUUUUAACCUACAUGGGAGUGUCCCAAGCAAGGGUUGCUGGGAAGAAGAAGAGAUGGAUAUUUAGUGAGCCAGACAGAGAGAAAGAGAGAAGUAUAAAGAGUGGAGCCUGUCUUUCCAAACACAGGGUGAAGUUUGGUCUCCAAUCUCCUGAAGAACAUCGCAGAGGCCUUUGAGUGGGACUUCUUUCUCUGCAUUCAAGAGGACCCCUGCAGAGACAAAUAAGAGUUUAUUGGAGUCGCUGCCCUGACGAACUCAUUCCAAAGAGUUCCCCUCGAAGAAGCCAUGGCUGACAUCACCGAAGACAAAAACAAAAUCAAGAGCGGCUUGAUAAUGGCGCUGAAAUGCGUGGAAACAAUUUCAUCAGCAGCUACAGUGAUCAAUCCGAUAUUCGGCUUGGCUGGCUCCAUCGUACGCAUUGUCCUGCACAAUAUCGACGACGAGGAAAUCCAGACUUUGAAGAAGGAGUUCAAAAGCAUCCAUGCGGGUUUGGAUAAAAUCUCCCGAGAAAACCAAAAAACCCUGAAAGGGAUCCAAAAAGUAACGCUGGACAACCAGUACUCCCAGAUCGCUUUCAAGAUCGAAAAGCAGUUUCAGGAUUUUAAAGCUGUCAUUGAGGCUGAUCAGGGCUCCAAAGAACGGCUGAAGGAUAAGUUCGCAGAAAACUUUGAGAGCUACGGAGGAGAUUCCAAUUUGCACACUUUGUAUGACGGGGUGAUCGGAAAGAGCAAGGUUUUUAGUAAGCCCAUCCUGAAAGUUUACAUGGAGAAUUCCAACGGAAACCGCCAAGUAAUGGAAACCUUAUGCACUCGACUUACCUAUCUCUUCUGCAUCGGCCUCAUCGCUCUCAUGGGCUAUACAGCCAUUAUCGAAGACGAUGAAGAAACCAUGGGUGAAGAAUGGGGAAAGAAUAUGGAGAAUGUGCAGAAAGAAAUGACCCGGGUUCUCAGCGAAUGCCAUUAAAGUCCUUUGAAGAUACUGCUCAAUGUGCUACCUGGCUACCUUUCCCAGUCCUACCUGGUAUUUGUAUGAAGGGCUCAGGAUUUACCGUCACGCUUUUUAAAAGGUAGACUGGAAAGGGAUUUCGGAAUGCAUUAUUAUUUUUUACUUGCGUGUCAUUCCAGUUCUUGUCUGGUUACUGUGUCCUAUUCUGGUCACCGCAGGACCAAAAAGAAGAUAUGGCACUGGAGAGAGUCCAGCAAACAGCAACCACUCAUAUCCCGGGACUUAAAGGGAUGAGCGUCACAGAUGAACAAACUCAAAUCUAUUCAGCAUGGAACAAAAUUAUAAAAAAAAAAAUCUUAAAAGGGAUUGACAAGCCCUAACCAAUACUUUAAAUCCCGAAACCAGGACCGAAGGACACAGCAAUGAAGUGGACUUUGGGCAGAGCGAAGGAGACAUGUUUUUGAUGCCGAAUUAUUUAGCUACUUUAAGACCUGAGCAGCUACAAGAAACCAGAUGAGCAUAGAUGAGCCGAAUUACCUCUAAUUCUCUUCUGUUUUUAUAUUGACAUUUGUUUUGUUUUUGUUUUUAACAAAAGCUCAGCAAGGUUCAAGGCUACAAGCCCAGCCCAUGAAGACCAGCUAGCCUUUGUU